AUGUUGGGUCCAUUCACAAUCUUUGCCAUGGUUCUCUAUGUCCUGUUGUGCUUCCUGGGGAUCAUGGGUAAUGGCUUCAUUGUUGUGGUACUGGGAAGGGAGUGGGUUCGAUGCCACCGGCUGUCUCCCCGUGACGUGAUCCUGAUCAGUUUGGGUGCCUCCCGUUUCUGCCUGCUGUGGCUUGGAAUGACACGUGACUUUUGCUCUUUUCUUCACCUACAAUAUUCCAUGGAGCCUACCUACCAGUACCUUGGAAUUUACUUGGAUUUUCUGAGUUCGGUCACAGUCUGGUGUGCCGCUUGUCUUAGUGUCCUCUUCUGUGUGAAGAUUGCGAACUUCACUCACCCCAUUUUCCUUUGGCUGAAGUGGAGAGUCAAUGGACUGGUACCCUGGUUCCUACUAGUCUCUUUGCUAAUCUCUUUCAUUGUCUCCAUGCUGUUUUUUGUGAGUAACAAUGCUUUGUACCAGGCAUUCUUGCAGGGGGCAUUCUCUGGGAACAUAACCUUAUAUGACUUCACUAGGAAUCUAGAAAUCCACUAUUUUCUCCCUUUGAAACUCAUUACUUCAUCUAUCCCCUUUUCUAUGUUUGUAGUCUCAACAGUUCUGCUGAUUACCUCUCUGUGGAGACACUCCUGGAGAAUGCAACAGAGUGCUCACUGUACCCAGGAUGCCAGUACUCAGGCUCAUACCAGAGCUCUGAAGUCUCUGGUCUCCUUCCUAGUUCUUCAUUCUCUUUCUUUUAUGUUUUUUAUCAUCAAUGCUGCCUUUUAUGACUUUGAAGGUACCUGGUACUGGCCAUGGCAAAUUGCUCUUUACCUGUCCACAACUCUUCAUCCCUCCAUCCUUAUCCUUGGCAACUCCCACCUAGGAGGGGCACUCAUGAAGCUUCUUCUUCUGCCUAAAACCUUCUGGAAUGACAAGAAGAUGUCAGCUCCUGUCUAA